GUUACUUGAUAAUAAUAAACAAUGAAUUACUCUUUAAUUACGGGACUUACACAACUUGUCAUAAUGUGGAUAUUUAGCCAGAAACAACGUCACCAUGGCAAAGACAAAUUUUCUGUAAUCUGAGGGAUGGAUAUAUUAGUUGUUACAAGCAGUGCAAUAUUCUCUCAAGGCUAAAUAUUAGAAAUUCAGAAUGCAGGGAGACAGCAAAAUUCCGGGAAGUUGCCAAAAUUUCUAAUGCGAUUUUAAAUGUCCGACAUGAAAAUACUACAUGGGAAUCCCGCCUUGUGUAUUGAAAAAUCUUAAGAGCGGGUAUAUUCACUUGGCUAAUACAAACAGUCCCCGAACUCGUAAUAGAACAAAAAUACGGAAAAUCUGAAUAAAAUCGUGACUCUAUCCCCAACCUGUUACACAUACUACGGGACUAACCACACAUGUCCUUGCUGCAUCUGCUAGGCCAGAGUUUCCCAACCAGGGUGAAAUUUUGUUGUUUUCAUUGAUGAAAUACAAAGUAUAAAUUUAGUGUUCAGUGUAGCUUUACUACUAAUACUUACUCGGUAUUAUUGUAAUACCGAUUUAUGGACUCAUUAUAAACUAUCCAAAUUGUACGAAACAUUGUAUUUUUAAAGAAUGAAAAAAGUAAUGGAAACAUAGUCUUACCCGAAGUGAUUGGGAGUUUUAGGCCAAUAGAAAAUAUAUUGAAAAAUCUUUCGGAAACACUGUGCUAAGCCUUAGCGCAGGGGUCUUAAACUUGCAACCUUGGGACCAGUUGCAGCUCGCAGGACGAUAGUAUGUGGCCCCCAUCUUAAUAUGAAAGUUUAGUUUUAGUGUGGCCCGCAAGUAUCUUAGCUCAGAUCACAGAAGAGCUGAAUAACUUUCAAUAACGACAUUUGACUCUUAAUAAAGUGAUUCGUAAUAUUUCAGUUAUUUUUUUUUUAUAGUCUUAAUUUGUUCAUUUAUGUUUUCAACUUGUUUUAUGUUAAAAGGAAGAAAUUUGAGAAGAUUUGAAUUUUUUAAAACUAUUCUGGUCUGGGUAUUGAUUGAUGUUUGUUUUGCCAAAACGACUUUUUUUACCCGAUGUGCUAACUUUAUGAUUAUCCGGAUUCUGAAGUAUAGAAUUAGCACUGACUAGGCAUGACCUGUUAGCUACGAGCCAGUAGUGGAGUAGUCACGUUCUUAGCGAGAAUCAUUUUGUUGGAGAGAUCUUAUUCGGACUGAUGAGAGACAUUCUUAUACAGGUGUAGAGGAAACAAUUGACCCAGCAUUAUUGCGACAUACUGACUUGGCAAUUGUUUGUGAAGUCAGACAUGCUGCUCAAAUGCGUUGUGUUUGUCUGGUUUACUGUUGGGUGCUGUUUUUUAGUUGUAGGGCGAUGGACCGCAGCCCGGUGUUUGUUGAAGAACACUGAUCUAGUCCACCUCAUCAUGCACCCAACUUUGAUUGGUCAAUUUGACUCCACUAUAUUCAUUCCGGCGAUCUGUUAUGCUGAUUAUGGAGUCGAACUAGACUUAUAUUAUUUUUUAUACUUGUUUUUAUCAUGGGAGAAUUUUAAAGGGAAUUUGCCUGUAUUUCAUUUAAAUCUGGCCUCAGAAUGGUACUAAGAAACAUCAGACCUAGGUUGGCAAUGACAUGGCCUAUAUUUCAAUAUUUACUGGUAUUGAAUAAUGAAUUUAUACACAAACAGUUACUUAUUGGUAGGCCAACAGUCUGACUGUUACUUCAGUUAGAACUUAGAUUAGAAAUACUGAAACAUGGAGGCAAAAGGAACAAAGUUGAAUGAAGAAGCAUCUCAAAGAACUGAAGAUGAAAGCGCUUUUACAAUUAAAGUUGGUAGGGAAUUGUAUUCAGUUCAUCAAAAUGUACUCAUCGCUGCCUCUGAUUAUUUCCGAGCCAUGUUGUCUCACGACACUAAAGAACGACAAGUAGGAGUCGUUGAUAUGAAGGAAGUUGAACCAGACGCCUUAAAAUUAUGCAUCGAAUUUAUGUAUACCGGUGCCACACUUGUUACCAUGGAAACGGUAGAAAAUCUUCUGCCUGCAGCUGGAAUAAUGCUGCUUAAUGCUCUCAGUAAAAAAUGUGUUGAAGUUCUAGAGAAAAGCUUAAGAGCAGAAAACUGUAUUUCUGUGUUGAAAUUGGCAAGAACGCAUAGUUUUACUGAUCUUGAAGAAAAAGCUUUGAAACUUUUCACAGAAAAUUACAAUUUUGAUAAAUUUGAAGAUUUUGCAGAACUUGAGAAAGAAGGUCUUGUGGAACAUAUUUCUGAUUUUAGUUUGAGAAAUGAAUUGGCCUGGAAAGUUAUAAUAAAUUGGAUCAAACUUAAUGUUGAAGAACGAAGCAGAGAUAUUCUGGAACUUGUAAAACUAUUAGUUUGGGAAUCCUCUCCUUCAGCAGAACUUUUGGAGAAUUUGUGGUCAGAACCGAUCUUCACAGAUUCCCAAGAAUGCAAGAAGUUCUUGUUUCGUCAUUUAUUCAUGGAUUAUGAAGAAUUAGGUCAGAUGCUGACCGUUGAAAACUGCUUUAUGAUUGAACAAUUGUCGACUGAAUUUGAAUUUCUUUCAAAACAAGCAAUGGAUGCUAUUGGCACAUUCAUGAACGCGAAUUUGAUUCCGAUUUCAAAAAAGGAAGCAUUCAAAUCUUUGAGUGAAAUAACAAUUAUGUCAGUUUUUGAACAAUGCAGUGAAAAUUGCAUCUAUGCGGAAAGUUUGCGAUGAAAUGCAAUCAUUACUUGGGUGAAGCAUGAUUCAAAAAGACGAAAGUUUCUUCUAAGAUUAGUUAGCACUGUCUGUUUUAAAAACUUGUCUCAAGAUUGCAUUGACUACUCAAUUAAACAAGAAUCCUUGCUUAAAGAAGUCCCUGAGUGCUAUGAAGUUUUGUUCAGAAACUUUGCCAACCUCUCAUUCAGGAAAAGAAAAUCUCAUAUAUCCAUUUUAUACCCAGAUGGUAAAGUAUUCGUAUUAGAUAGCCAAGGCAGUUUACAUCAAACUCUACCAGAUAUUGGUCGAAAAAUAUUCCAUCAAAAUCAAAUAUUCUCUUUUCAAAACAAAUUGUGCGUAUUUAUGGGAGAUGAAAUAUUGACUCUGUCGAAAGAUAAAAAAUGGGUUGCGGUUUCUAAAUUAAAGCACAUGCCUGACCUAAAUGCAAGAGUUACAUCAACUGAUCGGUUCAUAUGUGUUGUUGAAAAAAAUAUUUUGUCAAUAUAUGAUAACACCACAGAUGAAUGGAGGGAGAAUUAUCUUGGAUGUGGUUUUAGUGGAAGUUUCAGGGUGGCUUCUACUGCAACUCAACUUUAUUCCCAAUCAGGAAACUGCUAUAAGGUAUUCAACUUCAUUUCACAGAAAUGGUCUUCUGAAAAGAGAAUUAUUCUUUCCAUCCUUACUUCGGCAGUUGGGAUCAACAACAGUAUUUACGUUUUGUACUCGAAUGGAUAUAUGAAGGUAUUGAAAGGGUACUCAAAUUGGAAAAAUAUUGCUGAUGCUCCAGUUAACAUUUCUUCAAAUAGUUUCAUUUUUGCUUUUGAUGGCAAAUUAGUGUUGCUAACACAUGGGGAGCUUUACGUUUAUAUUGAAAUGACCAAUGCUUGGGGAAAAUGGGAAACAAAAUUGCCAACAUAUUAUGGCUUCACAGCGCAGAAUAUCUGGGAUAAAUUGGAACCAAUUUCCAUUUGUUCUUUUACAAAAAAUUGAAACUUUGUGUGAAGAUCGCCACUUUAUCCAGUAUAAAUUGCCUAGUUUUUCCAUAUAACUGAGAACAACUAAAUCAACCCUCAUUGCAUUGACUACAUUCAGAGAAAUAUUUUUGAAGCUAAAAUACAUUUGGCUGUGUUAAAAUGCUUUUCAUAUAUACCACAAGAACAUAAAUUUAUGACAAGAAUUAAUUUUCCUUAAUGUUUUAAUUUAUUGAGUAGGAAUAAUUAUGAGAUUAUUUGUGACUUCAAGCAUUUUUGCUUGUUUUUAUUAAUACAUUUUGUUGAGUCGUGCAUAUUGUUUUCAUGUUUUAAAAAUAGUUUGUUUAAUAUAAAAUUUAGUUGUCUAUAGAAAAUUGCCUCAUUUUAUUUAGUGUCUCUUAUUUAGUCCGAAUGUUCAUCCAUCUAACAAACUGUAUUUUGCUGAAUCCAUGCUUUCAUAAGGACUGACCAGAUAUUCCCAUACCUGCUGUAGCAUAUCAUUUGAUUGUACCGUCUUAUUGACUUUCCUCUCCCCAUAAUAAAUAUGAAAAAUGGUUAAUUAUGCAAUUGUUUUAUCAUCAAACUUCCUAUUAUUCCAUAAUAAUAAAUUCAUGCAAUUCUUCUGAAUUUCAAUUCUAAAUUACUAAUUUCGACAAUAAAUCGUUUAUAUUUCCAUGUCCAUGCAUCUGGAAUGACUGCCUGGUCAGCUAUUUCCAUGCUUGUCUCUAUGAUAUGUUUUUGAUAAUUAUGCAUUUGUUUAUAACAAACUUCAUUUUUACCGUAAUAAAUCUAUGUACUUUUCUAAUUUCAAUUCUGAAUCACUGUAUUUUUCACUUUAGUUUAACCUUCAUUUUAAUCCUGGAUUUUUUCUAUAUAAUAUUUAUUUAAGCAUGAUUGUAUUAUUUUUUCAGUUUCAAUUCCAUAGUUACUGUAGUAGAUAAUCUGCCACAGGGAGUCAAGAACAGAUGGAAUGGAUCAUUUGGAAAAACUUUCAUCCGCAUUAGACGAUCUUCGAAAAAACGAAACGGCCUGCGAUUUUAUGAUCAAAGUCGGCGAGGAAUUGUUUCCAGUUCACCGGAAUGUACUUAUCGCUGCCUCUGAUUAUUUCCGAGCCAUGUUGUCUCACGACACUAAAGAACGACAAGAGGGAGUUGUUGAUAUGAAGGAAGUUGAACCAGACGCUGUAAAAUUAUGCAUCGAAUUUAUGUAUACUGGUGCCACGACUGUUACCAUGGAAACUGU